GGCUGCGAGGAGGAGGAGGAGGCGGUGCGGGCUGCGGCGGCGGCAGUCGCUGCGGCGGGGCGCGCCGGGGACGCAGCGCUCCGCUCCCGCAGGAAGCGGCCCGGGGCGGGGGCGGCCGGUCGCAGCCAUGCCGGGCCCGGGGCGCUGAGCCUGCCCCGCCGCCCGCCCCGGUCCCCCCCCCCGGCUCCGGCUCCCUCCGUGCCGCACAAUGGAGGAGGAGAGCAUCAAGCAGAGCUCGCGGUCCUCCGAGGCAGCUGAGGAUGAGAAGGACCAGCGCACAGUGACAGUCAACCCCUCGCACAUGAGGAAGGCAUUCAAGGUCAUGAACGAGCUGCGGAGCAAGAGGCUCCUCUGUGAUGUGGUGAUUGUGGCUGAAGCUGUGGAGAUGGAAGCUCACCGCGUGGUGCUGGCGGCCUGCAGCCCGUAUUUCUGUGCCAUGUUUACAGGAGACAUGUCUGAAAGUAAAGCCAAGAAGAUUGAGAUAAAAGACGUUGAUGGGCAGACCCUGAGGAAGCUGAUUGAUUACAUCUACACGGCCGAGAUCGAGGUCACGGAAGAGAAUGUGCAGGUUUUGUUGCCAGCUGCUAGUUUAUUGCAACUGAUGGAUGUUAGAAAAAACUGCUGUGACUUCCUUCAGUCCCAGCUGCAUCCCACCAACUGCCUCGGAAUCCGAGCUUUUGCCGAUGUGCACGCGUGUACGGAGCUGCUGCAGCAGGCCAACGCCUAUGCAGAGCAGCACUUUCCUGAGGUGAUGCUAGGAGAAGAAUUUCUUAGCCUUAGUCUGGACCAGGUUUGCAGUUUAAUAUCAAGUGACAAGCUCACAGUCUCCUCUGAAGAAAAGGUCUUUGAAGCUGUUAUUUCUUGGAUAAACUAUGAGAAGGAGUCUCGCUUGGAGCACAUGGCUAAACUGAUGGAGCACGUUCGCCUGCCCCUUUUGCCCAGAGACUACCUUGUGCAGACAGUCGAAGAAGAAGCUUUAAUCAAGAAUAACAACACCUGUAAAGACUUCCUCAUCGAGGCCAUGAAAUACCAUUUACUUCCUCUGGAUCAAAGGCAACUCAUAAAGAACCCCAGAACAAAGCCAAGGACUCCUGUUAGCCUGCCCAAGGUGAUGAUCGUGGUGGGUGGGCAGGCGCCCAAAGCCAUCCGCAGUGUGGAGUGCUAUGAUUUUGAGGAGGAGCGGUGGGAUCAGGUUGCUGAGCUUCCCUCCAGGAGAUGCAGAGCAGGCGUGGUGUUCAUGGCCGGCAACGUGUACGCCGUGGGGGGCUUCAACGGCUCGCUGCGGGUGCGGACGGUGGACGUGUACGACGGCGUGAAGGACCAGUGGACGUCCAUAGCCAGCAUGCAGGAGAGGCGAAGCACCCUGGGGGCGGCUGUGCUCAACGACCUCCUGUACGCAGUGGGCGGCUUCGAUGGCAGCACUGGUCUGGCAUCAGUUGAGGCCUAUAGCUAUAAAACCAAUGAGUGGUUUUUUGUGGCUCCCAUGAACACAAGAAGAAGCAGUGUUGGAGUUGGAGUUGUGGAGGGGAAGCUGUACGCCGUGGGGGGCUACGACGGAGCGUCCCGGCAGUGCCUUAGCACCGUGGAGCAGUACAACCCUGCCACCAACGAGUGGAGCUACGUGGCCGACAUGAGCACGCGGCGCAGCGGCGCAGGAGUUGGUGUUCUCAGUGGGCUGCUGUACGCGACUGGAGGCCACGACGGUCCCUUGGUGAGGAAGAGUGUGGAAGUCUAUGACCCAGGGACAAACACCUGGAAGCAAGUAGCAGACAUGAACAUGUGCAGAAGAAAUGCAGGUGUGUGUGCAGUGAAUGGGCUCCUCUACGUGGUGGGAGGAGAUGAUGGCUCCUGCAACUUGGCCUCGGUGGAAUACUACAACCCCAUCACAGACAAGUGGACGUUGCUACCCACCAGCAUGAGCACGGGGAGAAGCUACGCAGGUGUGGCUGUGAUCCACAAACCCUUGUGACACAUGACCAAGCCAAUGCAAGGAGCAGAGAAGUGAAGUGGAUCCAGCUAGGUGAUGUUAGGAAGCUGACUGACCUCUGACUUGACCCAUCCCAUUGCUGUUACCGUCUCGGCAUGACAAGUGAUACGUUCCGAACAUCAUUUGCUCUGUGGUGGAUUGUGUAGCAAACUGAAAAUCCCUCUGGGGACAUGUUCCAUGCUAGACAAGAGGUGUUGCUUGUUAUCUGUGGUGCAAUCAACUGUUCUUCUCAGUGGCUCACGCCCUGAGACAAACACUGUGCUUGAACUGCAGGCACUCGGUGUCUCGUGUGAAACAGAACUGCUACGUUUGGGCAUGUGAGUAAAAAGGAACACUUCUGGAUUUCCUCACUACUGAUGCUCCAUGCACAUGAUUGGUUGAACUACUCACUCACUGUGCCUGGAGGGUGGACUUUACUACUGGCAGUGGAAACUUCUGAGUUACCAUCUGAGAAAAGCAGUCAGCAGAAAUGGACUGGAGCAGGGUGCUCUGGCUUGAGUGUGCCGCUGUCUCAGUCGUCCGUUUGUAUAUGCCACUGGACCACUGUAUGUACCCCUGGAAUGCUUGUCGUGUGGUGGAAAUAAACACCUUGUGAUUUUUCUACUUGCCAUGAAUGCUGUUUGCUGUACCUGCUGGGACCUGCUGGGCAGUGCCUUCCCUGGGGCUGAAGUCUCAGCACCUGAACCGUGCAGAACGUCUCAGCCCUGCAAGACGCCUGCUGCUCCCCUGUGGGAUUUAUUGCUCCCCUGGGACACGUGCUGCUGGAACAGAGAAUAUCCCAACCCAUGCACCCCAGCUGUGCUGAAAGCCCCAGUCCUAGCUGCCCAGCAUCUCAAUGCCAAUUCAUAGGAGAGCAUUUAGAUGUUGUAACAAAUACCUUGUGGUGCCAUGAAUGUAGAGGUGUUACACAGGAGGAUCCUCUCUCACCCCAGCAGGGUUUAAUGAGCAAAGUCAAAUACCUGCAGUGUUUCAAUGCUUCCAGUCUAUAGAGAUUGACUACUCCCUGUAAUUGCUGGUUUAAUCUUGCCCCUUCUGGAGGUGUUCCUCUUAGUGUGAAGAAUUGAUGAGAUGAUUCAAAACAGACCACU